CUACUAGCAACUAGCACUCCGUAAGGAACUCAGCUUAUCGAUGUCUUGGCGGUGGAGCGCUUAAAAGGUCGCGACGCCCACCUCUCUUGCUCCCUUCUUCUCCCUUCUAUUUCUCGUCCUCAACAACCUCGACCAUUCCAUGACUCGCACGACACCUCACGAACUCUAUCUCUUUCAAUCUACUCGUUUUUGUGGUCCUCGCGAAUUCUCGACAUGUGUACCUCGCCUACCGCCUCCUCCGACUCCUCCGACGCCCCCGACGCUUCGGACCGCGCUAUGCCCGUACCCCCGACGUCAUCGACAGCUCCCAUGCCACCUGCAGACGAUCCCAUAACACCCUCGCCACCUGCCGACGACCCCAUAACACCUCCGGCGGUUGUUGCCGAGGAGACGGCUGUGGAUUGCAUAUUCUGCUUGAGCAGUCUUCCGUUCGACAGUGUGCCGCUGACGGGCGAAUCCGAGCCAGUUGCACAGCUAGUUCCGUGUUCGCACUUGAUGCACAACGAGUGUCUUAAGCCUUGGACCGAAAUCGCGAAUUCCUGCCCGAUAUGCCGCCUCAACUUCAACGAUGUCAAUGUUCUCGCUUUUAUGACAGGUCCGAUCCUUACCUCCUACAAAGUCGCAGACAAAAUCCAGAGGGUUGCCGAACAGGGUGACCAGAUUUUCACCGAAGUAGAGGAAGAGGAAGGUCGUAACGAAGUAGGACUCGCUUACGAUCAUUUCAUGGCGUUGGAUGUUGCCCGGGAGCAGAGAAUCUGGGCGGACGCAUGGUCUCACCUCGACGCCGAUCUAUUUCGCCCGCAGUUCGCCGACUCCGCCGAACAGGAGGAGUAUUAUGACGACUACUAUGAGAGGGAGGCUGCCCUCAAUAAUCGCCAGCGCUUGCGUGAGCAACGUAUGCUCAGGCGCCGUGCUGCUGCUGAAGUUCAAACAAGACGGGCGGGACGCAAUGCAUUCAACGAGUCAUUCGAUGAGUCGCACGCCGCGUGGAGAACACGAACGUCCAGACCGAGGACUACCUUCCCGCAUCUGGAGCACCAGAUGAGCAAGGAAGAGAGCGACUCGUGGAAGAUGAUGGAACUUGCCGAGAACAUGGAGAGCAACCCCAAUAAGCGAAGCAGGAGUCCCGCUUCCGAGGAAGCACUGCUCACUCGGAUCGGCGUGGACACGUCGAGACGUGCGAAUGAUGGAAGAAAGUUCAAGAGGCCUAGGACCAAGAGGGACUCUCAGCUUCCGGCCAUAAACACUCAGACCAACAAUGGAGAAUCCUCUAGGAAUGCCGAGCCAGGUUCAGCGGCCGCGAGUGAUGCCGGUUCUCCGUCAUCGGGAGGGAUCUUCACCUCCAUCUUGGAAGGAAUUGGAAGGUUUCAGGAUGUGCCGAUAGUAUCUGCCGCCGACGUUACUGGAAGGGAUCUCACAAGGAUGCGCCCCAUCUCUCCGGAUCGUUCCAGUGUCACCAGCGCCAUGUCGCGUUCUCGCUCGCCACCUGCAGCGUACCCGCCCACUUCUCCGCCGGCUGCCAGGACACCCAGGACACCCAGGACACCAGCACAUUCCCCCCUGAGGGCUGAAAGGAAGAGACCAUGGGAAAUUGCGCCGGCGCCAAAAUCGCCACCAGUGAGCCGCAUGCAUUCACCUGAAAUCAGGUCGACUAACGGCGGUCGUCAAGACUCGCUUUCACCUGGACCUUCUCGGACUAGAGAAUCAUCGACGUCGGAUUCAGAUCAGAAGAAGCCAAGAUUCAACAUCACUAAGGAGAACAAAGCCGAUAUCGUCAAGAUGGUGUCAGCAGUUCUAAAGCCGCUGUAUCCGGCUAAGAUCAACAAGGAGAGUUACACCGAGAACAACAGAGCAAUCUCGAGGCACGUGUACAAACUUGUUUCCGAGAAUGGGAUCCUGGACAAGCAGCAGUGGCAAGAGACCAUUCAGAAAGAGGUAGAGAAGGUGAUGCAGCGUUUGUGA